AAUUAUAAUCUAAACUUUACUAGAUUUGCACGCAAUAAUCUUGAAAUGGAUAAUUGGAUAUAGAAAAUAAAGUAUAACCCGAAGGCAUAAACCGACGUGUUUGGAGGGGGAUGGUGUGGAGUUCGUGCCUUGUUGGUAUUCGGUUAAUUGCCUGACAGAAAGACCAACCAUGAUUGAUGAGGAAGAGGUGUCACAGCUUGAUUACUCUCAGGAUGUUGAAGACAAUGGAGCUUAUUACACGGUGGAUGAAGCACUGUCGGCGGCCGGGUUCGGGAAAUUUCAGUUCUUGGUGCUUGCUUAUGCGGGGCUCGGUGCGGUGGUGGACGCAAUGGAGGUGAUGAUCCUCUCCUUCAUUGGCCCCUCCGUGAAGUCCGUCUGGGGACUUUCAUCUGCCCAGGAAAGUCUCAUCACCACUGUUGUUUUCGCCGGCAUGUUAGUCGGAGCUUAUUUCUGGGGCAUCGUUGCUGAUAACUGUGGAAGAAGGAAGGGCCUUUUGAGUGUAGCAGUCGUGACAACUGUAACUGCAUUUUUAAGUGCCUUUUCCCCAAAUUAUAUAUCUUUGCUUGUCCUUCGUAUGUUGGUUGGCACUGGCCUGGCCGGUGGGCCUGUGUACUCCUCUUGGUUUCUUGAAUUUGUACCUCCAGAAAACCGGGGGUUAUGGAUGGUUAUCUUCUCAACUUUCUGGACAGUUGGAACAGUACUAGAGGCUUUGUUGGCAUGGAUCGUUAUGCCAAAAUUGGGUUGGAGGUGGUUGCUUGGUCUAUCAUCAGUACCAUGUUUCGCGACGCUUGCCUUUUAUGGUUGGACAAUAGAAUCUCCUAGGUAUUUAUGUACCAAAGGCAGAGUAAAAGAUGCUUAUAAUGUCUUGAAGAAAGUAGCUGCAGUCAAUCAGACAGAACUUCCCUUCGGAAUGCUUGUUUGUGACAACGUGCCUGAGGCCAAUGAAGAAUUACUUUCCAGGCAUAGAAACAAAUUUGCUAAUUACAAAGCGGCCUUUUCUUCUCUAUUUCCUCUAUUUUCAUCUAGAUUAAUAAGAACUACCCUUCUUAUUUGGGUAGUUUAUUUUGGAAAUUCAUUUUUGUAUUAUGGCGUUAUAUUGUUGACUUCAGAGCUUAGCAGCGACGAAGCUAAAUGCAUAUCAACUACUCCAAACUUGAACGAUGACUAUAGCCUUUACAGAGAUUCCUUCAUCACCAGUCUAGCAGAGCUUCCUGGUCUUGUCUUAUCAGCUGUCCUAGUGGACAAGGCUGGCCGUAAAAUGUCAUUGGUACUUAUGUACGGAGCAGGCUUCCUAUUUCUCUUGCCACUCGUUAUCCAUGAGCACGAGUUUUUAACUACAGGUUUAUUAUUCGGAGCUCGUAUGUGCUUUAUUGGAACAUUCACUGUCGCUGGCAUCUAUUGCCCCGAGAUUUAUCCAACCUCUGUAAGAACAACCGGGGUUGGAGUUGCGAGCGCUGUUGGGCGCAUCGCAGGCAUGAUCUGCCCGGUUGUCACGGUGCAAUUCAUCAGUGGCUGUGAAAUGACUGCUGCAAUACUUCUAUUCGAGGCUGUAGCAAUUCUUUCGGGAGUAGGAGCUUUGCUUUUCCCACUGGAAACCAAGGGCCGGAAGCUAACUGAUAUUGUUUCUUCAUGAAAGUUUUCUAUGGAUAUUGUUUAAUGAAAGGUACUUUUAGUAUAUACUUGAACUUGAGUAGCUGUAACAAAUCACAAACAAAAGGCUCAACAAAUUCCAACCAUUUUAUGGGUUGCAUUGCUCUGGAGUAUUAAAUCAUGCUCUGAUUUUAAAAGUGGGUACAACUGUUAUGCUCUUGAGAAAUAUUGAUCACA